UCUUCGAUAUUCUCCACCACAAGCUCGAGCUCCUCCAUCGUCGCGACCGAAGCGGGAAAGCGGGGAGGGGUGAGAGGUCAAGGGGGCGGGGCCUACGGUGGGCGGAGCCAGCGGGUACGGGGCGGUGGAAAGCUCGGGGUCAAGGCCGGCAGGAGCCUGUUCCCCCGGCAACCAGGCCGGUCGUCCGGACCCCUAAAAAGAAAUCACCGUGCAAUAAAAUCAUUGUUUUCUUACUGAAGGACGUUUCAUGGGGAUUGCAAAACAUGAACCAACGUGGGAGCAAAUUAAUAUAAAAUAUUUUACUAUUGAAGGAUUGCGGUGGGGUUAAAGGUUAUAAGAUGGCGACACCCAAGGUUUGAGGUGGUGACAUUCUUCUGAAUUGACCUGUGGGAUGACUGAAGAUGAGCUGCUAUGCUUUGUAAACUGUCUGGGUGUGCUAGUCUUUCUGCUUGCUGUUCUCUAUCAUUGGGUUGAUACUGUGCACUCUGGAUCCCCAACCUUCACACAAAGUUUCUACGAUGCAAGACCAAGGAGAAGCUUUCACAGCCAGCGCCGGAGGCGAGUGUAUACACGGAGCAUCUCAAUGAGUGACUUGGACCUACCAGGAGACAUACUAUGAUGAAACCUUCAAGUUACACUAAAAUCCUGACGGAUCCAGAACAUGUCAGUAAAAGAAACAAGACCAAAUCAGCUAGCACAGAGUCAAUUUUUAUUAGAGUAAGAAGCAACAUGAGUUCUGCCAUCUCACUGGCAAACACCAUUGUGAAAUGUCACGCACCUGUCCUUUAAGCCCAGUCCAGCACAUAAGCAUGUAAUCCAAAAAGCUGGUCUUAAAGAAGAAACAUCCACAGCAGUCUAUGUUCCUUACUUGGCUGACAUCCCCGAAAAACAUUGUAACUGAUCACACAACACAUUGUUGUAUGUCUGACUUUGCUUUGUGCAAAAUGAUUGCAUGCAAUUGAAUCAUUAAGAGCAGGUACACUGCAAUUUUUUUUACAGGCCACUUUGAAAUGUUUCUGGAUGUGAUAAGCUGCUUUAUCAUGCCAACUCUUCUUGUCAAAUCAAAUGAGAGAUAACUCGGUAGCUUUGUCAUCUGAAAUUCAUCAGUGUUUUAAACAGAAAAUAAAUGGAGCAGAGUAGUACAAGGGAAAUGCAGACUGCAGGAACUGUGGGUAAUAUUGAGCAGUUUGGUUGUUCAGGCGUAUCAAAGUUUUUGACUGAUCAUUUGGCAUUUGCUUGUUCUGUUGAUGUAAUUGGCCAAAGCAAUGGUCACAUCCCACACGUGAAUGGAAAAAAAACCUGCUCACUUCACCCUGAACCCAGAGGCUUGAAACUGUUCCAUUUCCAUCUUGAUCUGAAAAUGGCAAAGGCACCAAUCUGUGUUGGGAUCUUGCAAUGUCCCAUUUAAAUCUGACACAGAUUGUGGAAAAUAGGAAGAGACCGAUAAUUUAAAGUUUGCCUGGACUGUUUUGUUUCUGCUUUAACAGCUUAGAAAUUAUAGUGCUAGCCAAUAUUUAUAUCUCAACUCCAUCGUGCAAUACAGAAUGUUAGAUCAUUAUCGCAUUCUGUUGUAAAUUGACUCAUGCAAUUUCUCUGUUCCAACAGUAACUUGUUGUUCAUUGGAUUUACUGUAUGUAUACUUUGGAUGGUCAUGUGAAAGGUGCUGUAUAAACACAAGUGUUUCUUACUCUGUACAUCUUGCAGUCUAGGUUUUGUCACCAUGCCUUUAUUGAAGCCUGUGAUCGAAGUGGUGAAUCUGGGCAGGAUUUCGUAUGCAGAAGGGCUGCACGCACAGCGGACCUUCAUCCAGCGUCACCUCAAUUCCCUGUCCCAGCAGCCCACUGCUGAACCCCCAGUCAAUGCCCUGUUGCUGUGCGAGCAUGAUCCUGUCUAUACCAUUGGGAUCAGGACAGCACGGUACCCAGUCGAGGAAGAGGAGAGACUGAAGCAGUUGGGGGCAGAGUUCCACCGGUCUGACCGAGGUGGCCUGAUCACCUUUCAUGGCCCUGGGCAGCUGGUGUGUUAUCCCAUCCUCAACCUGGCUCACUUCAGGAAGAGCGUGCGGUGGUACGUGGGCGAGUUGGAGACGACUGUCAUCCGCCUGUGCCACAAGUUUGGGAUCAAGGCAGAGACGUCGCCUGACACUGGAGUAUGGGUUCAAAAUGAGAAAAUCUGUGCUAUAGGGAUUCACUGCGGCAGAUACAUCACCUCUCACGGGCUAGCACUGAACUGCAACAAUGACCUCAGCUGGUUCUCCCACAUCACCCCUUGCGGUAUUGAGGGAAAAGGUGUCACCUCCCUGAGCCGAGUACUGAAGAGGGAGGUGACAGUGCCAGAAGCUGUGGACCCUCUCCUGGAGACAUUUGCCAAGCAGUUUGACUGCAUGCUAAGGCACUAGCAACUUGACUGUUUCCUGUCGAGUGUCCACACAGCGAGAAACCCAACCAAAGUGGCAGGCUUGGUGGGCAGGGAUGGGUGAGACUGAUGGGGUCGUGUAAGAAAGAGGUGGGACUUGAUCCUGUACUUUGUAUCUUAUCUCCAGGGAAUGUGAUUAUUAGAGGAAAGCAGCCAUAUGGGGAAUGAUGCUGUCUAGUUGAAGUACUGAACUGUAUAGAGGAAGAGAUGUCCCAGGUCCAAGCAGCAGUUCUGGUCUUAGCAGGACAUAUAUUAAAACUGGUGAGUGGUAGGGAAAAUAUUGGCUGGAGGCUCUUCAGGUUUAUAAAAUUAAUUCACAGGAUGCCCAUGUCACUGGCUAGGCCUGCACUUUUUUCCUGUCCAUAAUUGCCCAGGAGGAGUCGUUGCUUUAUUGAAAUGCUGCUUGAAACCCACAAUGCUAUCAGGGAAGGAAUUCCAGGAUUUUGAUCCAGUGAUGGUGAAGGAACAGUAAUGUAUUUCAAAGUCAGAAAAGUGUGUGUGAUUGGAGGUAAAAUUGCAGGCAGUGAUGUUCCCAUGUACUUGCUUCCCUUGUCCUUUUCGGUGGUGGAGGUCACGGGUUUGGAAGGUGCUGUUGGAGAAGCCUUGGUGAGUUGCUGAAAUACAUUCUAUAAAUACUAUAUACCGCUGCCACUAAUUGUCAGUGGUGGAUGGAAUGAAUGUUUGAGGGUUUGGUGCCAAUGCAGUGGGCUCCUUUGUUCUGGAUUGUAUCAAGCUUCUUGAGUGUUGUUGGCCCUGUACUCAUUCAGGCAAAUGGGGGGUAUUCCAUCACACUCCUGACUUACUUGCCAUAGAAUUGCUAGCAUUGCCCAACUGUGUGCAACAGGACUGUGCUGCAAAACUGUAUAUUGUAGUCGAAUGCGGAGAUGAAUUUCACUGAUGAAGAAUGUUAACUUGUAUAAAUUGGAACUAUGUUUUGUGUCAUCCUCAGGAUGGGAGAUCAGGGAUUCUAAUCAUCCAGAAAAAUAUUAAAGCUUAUAUGCAUUUAAAUCGA